CAACGAAGCACAAAGAAAGGCAAAACGUUAGGCAUUAGCCGUAAUUGUAAAGCCCAAACCGCAAACCAGAAACAUUUCUCAUUCCAAAUAAUUACAGCCUCUGGAAAUCCUACCGCAUUCAUCCGCAAAAACUUCUCCCCGACGCCGAUAUUCGUAAAGAGUUUACCAUUUACUACAAAACUCAUAAAUUUAACCCCCAAAAAUCAAAACCUCCAAUUUGGAAAAUAUUCCCGUGAUAUUCUUCGGAAUCACCACUUUGCGUUUUCAUCGAAUUCUUUCAUCUGUUUAAAUCGUUUGCGUAUGAGCAACACCUUAUUUUGGCAAACUUUGCGGUUUAUUUUCCGAGGAAAAUCUCACCGUUCCACAUAUUUUGGCACCGCAUCACUCUCUUUGAGCUCUUCGCUCAGUUUCAGAGUGGCUCAUUCCUUUGCUGACAUUCAUAAACCCGAACUAGGGUUUUUUUUUGGGAGAUAACUAUAGAGGCGGUUAGGGUUUUGUUAAUUAGGAAAAGUGAUUACAGAUGGGAACCGUCGAUCCGGCCGAUGAUCGGACAUUUAAUGUUAAUUUUACCAGCGAUGGAGUGAAGAAGCUGAGGGAGGCAGUGAAGGAAAAGCUGAUGGAAUUCACAGAUUUCAGCGACGACCAUCUCGUGGAAUACGUGAUUGUAUUGGUAAAGAAUGGCAAGCGCAAGGAAGAAGCAAGGAAUGAGUUGCAUGUGUUUUUGGACGAUGACACUGAUUCUUUCAUAUCUUGGCUGUGGGAUCAUCUAGCUUCAAAUUUAAAUCUGUAUCAUCAACCUCAAGAGUCUUAUAUGGAGGAAGAUCCGAAAACAAAACCCACAUUAGGUGACCAAGGUGGAAAAAAUGUUUCUCACCAUUCAAAUUCUGAACCAGAAAGAGAAAAGCCUAAUGUGUUAUCUAGAAGUCGGCACAAUCGGGAAUGGAAAGGACUUGUGAGGGAUGCAGUUGAACCCCCUCCUCUUCGGAGCUCUGGUAUUGAAAAUUUCCAUUUAGAGGAGAAGUCUUAUCACAAACUCAGUCGUGCAAAGAGGUCUCCUUCUCCCCGACCUUCCAUUCAGAGGAAAAGAAAUCGACCUUAUGAGCAUGAGAAUAAGAGGAGGGAGGCAGUUUCUCAAAGAAACAUUGAUGCCCCUAGGCGGCUACUUCAGUUUGCCGUUCGAGAUGCAGUGGCAACUUUGAGUCCGUCUACUUUGACAAAUGAACCCAAAUUGAAGCGUCUUCGUUCAGUGGUUUCAACAUCCACUGGUGAUGUAUCACUUGCCAGUCAUCGUCGGCGGAUUAAGUCUGUUGCCAGAGUACCAAAUCCCAUGGCUACUGUAAUUAGAGCUGUUGCAGAAGCUGCAGAAGACGUAAUAAAAGUUAAACCAUCUGGAAGUGUCUUUGACCGACUUGGUCGUGGUAUGGAUACCUCAGAAGCCAGUGGCCAAGAUGCAGAAUUUAGAGAAGCUGAUGUUGAGGAUGGAGAGUAUGGAGAUUUUGAUCAAAUUCAGGAGCAAACAAGGUUGCGUUAUCAUCAAAGAAGCGACUACAGUGGACAUUAUGAUGGUAACAUGGAUAUGUUGGAUGGUGAAACUGGUUUGGCAUCUGAUUCUACAUCUGACAACGAGGGGUACAAUGGUGUCAAUGUUGUGGGCCAUAACGUAAUGGAUGUUUCUCAGAGUGCUACAUCUGCUGGAAAAAUGGUUGACGAGUCACUGAUAAUGCAGUAUAGUGUAGCUAAAAAUACUGAUGAUGUCAAACCACGCAACAAGGAUCAGGAUCAACCUGUGGUGGCAUCAAAAACUUCUCGUAGUAAGAUAGUAAACAUCUCUGUGAAUGUAAAUACUUGGAAGCCACCUCAUUAUCAGGAGCAUAGGGAGAUUGUGGAUAUUGAUAAUCAGAAAUCUCUACAUGAGAGUGAUAUGGGUUCUGGCAAUACUGGUUUGCGACUGAUGAAGGAGAAUAGCAAUCCUGUCACAGUUGGUAAUGGAAAUGCAAAUCCUGCUGCGGAUGCUCAGAAAGAAUCCCUGAAGACACCAUCAUCUGCUCCUGGUUUACAUGCUGCUGGCCGUCUCUUAGAGGAUGCUGAUUCUCGAACAAUUUUUGUCAGCAAUGUUCAUUUUGCUGCUACCAAGGACAGUCUUUCUCGGCAUUUUAAUAAAUUUGGGGAUGUGCUAAAAGUGAUUAUAGUUACUGAUGCAACAACAGGGCAGCCAAAAGGGUCAGCUUAUGUAGAGUUCAUGAGAAAAGAGGCAGCAGACAAUGCUCUAUCUCUUGAUGGAACCUCCUUCAUGUCACGGAUUCUCAAGGUUGUGAGGAGUACUGCUCAUCAAGAAGCUGCCCCUAUCAUGACAUGGCCUCGCAUUGCCCGGGGCUCUCCAUUUGCUGCUGCUAGGUUUGCCAGGGUUCCUUUUCCAAGAGGCAUGGCUGGUGCAUUCAGGGGUCGCCCUCCCAUCAAACCCGGUGCCAGGAGCUUGCAAUGGAAGCGGGAUGCUCAGGCCACUCAACCUGAAAAUGGUGCUCCUGUCUCUGGAAAUUCUGUUCUGUCAACUGCACCCCGUAGUCUAACAUAUGUCAGAGCAGGGUCAAAGCCAGAUGGGAAUCCUGGUACAACCUAGCUGAGCCAAUUCUUUUGCAAACUCUCCAGUACAAUCCUCCUGUUAUCAGAAUAUGAUUCCUUCUCUACAUGCACAUUUUGAAGGCAGGGGAAGGUCUGAAGAAGAGUUGCAAUUUUUCCCGGGCUGGAGAAGGUUUUAUUUUUGUUUUUUCUUUUCUUCGUUUUUUUUUUUUUUGGGAGGUGGGGUUGCAAAAUGGUUGUGGAUCUGAGAUGGGACGAAAUCAUUUUUCGUGGUUGAAAUUUGUGCAUAGGAAUAUCUUCACUUGUUUUGUAUUUCCUAUUAUGAUUUUGUUAAUAAAAUUAAAAAAAGAGAAGGAAAAA